UUAUGGCCUCCUGUUAAAAUUUACAGUUUACCGAAAUUUCUGUAAAAAUCAGGUCAAAAUUUCUGUAAAAUGUGCGACAAUCAGAACGUGAGGGCGGACCGCAUAAGAUGCGAGGCAUGUCGGACCAUAAACCUGGCGAACCGGAACCGGACCGUGAACCCAUUCUACCCCAAGCCGAGCAUGGAACUGUAUAACAAGUGCACCCCCGUACGGGAGCCGGACUGUGGACGUAUAUUAGACCUCCCUCUAAACCCCACCUGCAUCAGAGUGUGCCCCAGACAUGAAGUCCUUGCGCGGAUGAAAGGGGAGCUACCACCCAAGAUGUGCCCCAUACCCUAUGGUCAUGGAAAACUGAUGUAUCUUGUUAAGGCUGGGCUCCUGGUAGGCGCGGGUUACUUCACGUACACGCAAGGAGUGUGGGGCGACCAGCGCGACGUCACCGAGGCGAUCGCACGGUGGCAGGAGUACAUACGCAGUAUGAACACCCGCCGACCUCCCCUGUUCGACAAGUGUGGUAAAGUUAUCAGGAAAGAAAACCCGGAAAGUGUCAUCGCUCCAGCCUAUGCCUUGUAUAAACACUUUGUCACAUUGUGUUUUACAGGUAUUGUGAAACUCCCUCAGAUUCUCAAAUGCCGAUACUUGGAGUACCUAAAAGCUAUUCAUAAGAAAAAAUUGGACGACAUACGUGAAAGAAAACUUAGGAAACAAGGAAUAGAGUAGGAGUUUAUGUGAGUAAUUAAUUUUAAUAGGUGUAUAAUUUUUUACAAAAAUAAUCUG